AUACUUUUUUUAUCAAAUAUAUAUCAAGCAAUGACCCUUCCAUUAUUCCAAUCAAUUACUUUGCCAGAUGGCAUAAAGUAUGAGCAACCAACUGGUUUGUUCAUCAAUAAUGAGUUUGUGGCUUCCAAGAAUGGCAAAACCCUCGACUCGAUUAACCCCGAGACUGGGGAUGUCAAUGCUACAAUUCAUUGUGCUGAUGAAGACGAUGUUGACAUCGCUGUCGCAGCUGCUAGAACUGCAUUUAAGUCAUGGAGAAAUACUACUGGUGUUGAAAGAGGUGAGUACUUGUACAAGUUAGCUGCAAUAAUGGAAGAAGAGAAGGAGGUUUUAACUUCCCUUGAAGCCUGGGACUCUGGAAAGACAAAAACUUUAAAUGCAGUAGGUGAUGUUCAAGAAUGCAUUGAUGUUUUCAAGUAUUAUGCUGGCUGGGCCGAUAAGGUUCAGGGUAGAGUCAUCCAAAAUGAUCCAAAGAAGUUAGCUUACACCAUCCACGAACCAUAUGGUGUCUGUGGUCACAUCAUUCCUUGGAACUACCCAUUAUUAAUGGGUGUCUGGUGUCUUGCGCCUGCCUUGGCUGCCGGUAAUGUUUCCAUCAUUAAGUCUUCUGAGUUCACUCCUUUGUCUUUGUUAUAUUUGGCUAAGUUAUUUGAAAAAGCUGGCUUCCCUCCAGGUACCAUUGCUAUUCUUUCUGGUUACGGAAAAGAUGCCGGAUCUGCCUUAGCCGGGCAUAUGAAAGUCGACAAAAUUUCUUUCACGGGAUCCACAGCAACUGGGAAAUUAAUUCAAAAGGCUGCAUCUAACAAUUUGAAGGCCGUAACUUUAGAAUGCGGUGGUAAAUCUCCUUUAAUUGUUAGAGCAGAUGCUGAAAUCGAUCAAGCCGUUAAGUGGGCUGCUCAGGGUAUUUUCAUCAACCAAGGACAAGUUUGCACUUCUACUUCGAGAGCAUACAUCCAUGAAAGCAUAUAUGACGAAUUUGUUACUGAAUUAGUUGCCCAUGUUAAAGAAGAAUUUUUGCAAGGGUCCGUCUAUGAAGAUGACAAAAUGGUCGGACCACAGGUCUCUAAAGUUCAAUUCGAGAAGAUUUUGAGCUAUAUUGAUAUUGGAAAGAAAGAGGGUGCUAGAAUUGCUUUAGGUGGUGAAAGAAACACUGAAAAGGAUAUGUCAAAGGGUUUCUUCAUUAAACCUACCAUAUUUGCUGAUGUCAAGCCGGAUAUGAGAAUUGUCAACGAAGAAAUAUUCGGUCCUGUGUUGGCUGUAGGAAAAUUUAAGACUGAUGAAGAAGCUCUUGAGUUCGCUAACCAAACUGAGUACGGUUUGGGAGCUGCUAUUUUCACCAGAGAUAUUGCAAUUGCUCACAACAUGGCAAGAGACAUCGAAGCUGGAAUGGUUUGGAUCAACUCAUCCAAUGACUCUGAUUACCAUAUUCCAUUCGGAGGGGUUAAAGCUUCUGGUGUUGGUAGGCAAUUAGGUGAUUAUGGCUUAGAACAUUACACUCAGGCCAAGGCGGUUCACGUGAAUAUUGGUACUCGUUUAUAAUUGGUGUUUUUUAUGUAUAUAGACUUUUGUACAAUGUAAGCCCCAGUUUGAACUUGAACCUGGAUGUGAUCAUUUUCUCUAGUUCUAUGGUAUAAAGCCACCUUCCUUAGUCAAUAUUGAUAAUUUACCUAACGUCCAAUAAUCACGUUGAAACCUCAAAGCCACUUAUCAAACAGAUAUAGCAUAAGUCCUUAAGAUAUUGAGUUAAGAAUCUAUGAAAUUAGGCUCUUAGUAGGGUUUUUUAUUAUUGUAUUAAAGCUUCUGCAAAAAAUUUGUCCAAUUGAUCUUAACGAGUGUUUAACUU